GAACUGUCCAGGACUCGAUACUUCUUCAACAUCUAGGAACCAACAAAAGCAAACUGAGGCCGCAGGCGGUGGGCUUCAAAGACGACAUGCCUUCCCUUGCGCCUCUUCCGCAACGGCGACAACGAGCUGAAGAGCCAGAAUCCGACAGCAACAGCCACGACAGCGAUAUGGCUUCUCGCAUCUCUCGAGAUGGCACUCCCUUUUCCCAAGCGUCUAAUGGAAGCAAGCGCAUUCGCCUUUCAGCACCUUAUGAUGGUGAAAACGACGAGAAUGAUGCGAACUCUACGUUGGAAGAAGAUAGUGAUGAUGGACCUGCUAGGGCAAACCGAACAACGAAGUCAGGCAAUACGCUCCAGGUCCCCGUUGUCAAGACCGAUCCCAACUCUCGUACCAAGCGCACCUCUAGCGGCAGGCGAAAACACUCCCACGGGAAUGGGUCGAAUCCAGAACAUCGACCUGGAUCGAUUGUGAGAGUUAAACUCACGGAUUUUGUGACAUAUACCUCUGCAGAGUUCUUUCCUGGGCCGAGACUUAAUAUGGUGAUUGGCCCCAAUGGAACUGGGAAGAGUACCCUUGUUUGUGCGAUUUGCUUAGGACUUGGAUGGGGCCCACAGCAUCUUGGAAGAGCAAAGGAUCCAGCCGAGUUUGUUAAACAUGGCUGCGAAGAGGCAAUCAUUGAAAUUGAGCUAGCUAAAGGAAUAAAUCAUCGCGAAAACCCGGUCAUCCGCAGAACCAUCGUAAGGAAGGGCAACAAAAGCACUUUUGCGAUCAAUGGGAAGCCCUCAUCGAAGGCUUCUGUCCUUGAGCUUGCGAAAUCGUUUUCUAUUCAAAUCGACAAUCUAUGCCAAUUCUUGCCACAGGACAAGGUAGCUGAGUUUGCUGCACUUUCGCCAAUUGAAUUAUUACACUCGACCCAGCGAGCAGCAGCUGGCCCCGAGAUGCUGGAGUGGCAUGAAAAUCUAAAGACACUACGUGCCGAACAGAAGAAAUUGCAAGCUGCUAACGCCGGCGAACGCGAACAACUGGCAAAUUUGGAAAGCCGCCAAGAAAUGCAAAGGGAAGACGUGGAGAGGCUGUUGCAACGCGCACGGAUACAGAAGAAGAUUGCCUUGCUGGAACGCUCGCGGCCAGUACCAAGGUAUCAGGAGGCCGUCCAAUCGUUCAGAGAGGCGCAACACAAAAGACGGAAUCUUCAACAAGAGCACGGUGAUUUAGAAAACCAGCUGGCCCCUGCUCUCAAGUCAGUUAAUGAUAAAAAGGAAUACUUGAAUUCUCUCCAAGCGGUUGUCGCGCAGAAAAGAGAUAUGGUUACUAGACAAGAAGGAGUGGUGGCGGACAGUGCCCUGAAACUUGAAAAGACACAAGAGAGUAUACAAGACUUGGAUGCGCAAAUUGAGGCUGAGAAAAAGGCUACGAAAACGCAUCGGGAGAUUUUUAAAAAGUCGCAGCAGAUUAUUAACAAACUCACGCGACAAAUGGAGGAGGAGCCGGUUGAAUAUGAUGCUGCGGCCUAUACCGAGAAAAUUCGGGAGACCGUGCGUAAGAUUAGGGAUAUCGAGGAGGAGAUGAGAAAUGCCCAUGACGCCAAAAAUAAGGCUUCUCGGGACCAGGAGAUUACGUUAGAAAAAAUUUCGAAAGGAAAUGAACGCCUCAAGAACUUAAACACUGAGAGUGGACGACAAGAGGAGAAGCUGAAACAUUUGUCUGCAGAUACUGCCAAAGCAUGGGCAUGGAUAAAUGCAAACCAGCCCAAGUUUCAAAAAAGGGUCUUCGGUCCGCCGCUUGUGGAGUGCUCUGUAAAGGACCCUACAUAUGUGGAUGCCAUGGAAUCGCUAUUCCAAAGGACUGACCUUUUAACCUUCACAGUCCAGACUCUGGUUGAUUUCAAAAUGCUACAGCAAGCAUUCUCUAAAGAAUUAGGACUUCAUGACAUUUCUAUGAAGGUUUCUUCUGUCACCUUAUCCGACCUCCGAACUCCGAUAACAGACGAGGAGCUUCGCGCUCUGGGAUUCGACUGUUGGGCUAAAGAUUUAUUAGCUGGGCCUGAGCCUGUCGUGGCUAUGCUCUGCAGCGAAAACAGAUUGAAUCAGACGCCUAUAGCUCGUCGAGAUAUCACCGACGAGGAGCAUACGAGGAUGACAAACAGCCCAAUCAGCAGUUGGGUGACCGGACGCCAGUCAUACCAAGUCAUCCGCAGACGUGAAUACGGGCCAAGCGCCGUUUCGACUCGAGUUCGGCAGCUUCGACCUGCCCAAUUUUGGACGAACCAGCCCGCCGAUCUCUCUGCCAAGAGCACCAUUGUGAAUGGGAUUAAAGAACUGCAAAGGGAAGUGGAUACGCUCCAGGAGGUGAUUGAUGAACACAAGAAGACACUUGAAAAUUUGAGAAGACGUCAUAGAGAUGUACAGGAACAAAAGCGGAAUUUGGAGUCGGAAAAGUCAGCGAAGCAGACCGCUCUGACACUCUAUAAAACUUUGCCUACUAAAAAGGCACAGCAAGAGGAAAAACUCCGUGCGUCGGAAGCUGCGAUAAGGGGCGUGAGGGAGAGAGUUGAAGCGCUUCGGAACAAACAGGAUCAGCUCUCUCUUGAAAAGGCUGCUGUGGCUCUUGAAUAUGCUACCUGCGUCGAUGAAUUCCAACAUUUAAUUGAGGAUCUUGCUUUAGUAGAAGUUAAUCUCCUCGAAGCUGUAUCCGACCUUGACACCCUACACGAGAGGAACACGGAAGUAAACAAAACCCUCAAGAGGAAAAAGGCAGAAGUUGAGGAAGCAAUAAAGGAGUGUGCCAAAAUAAAGGAGCGGGUUGACAAGUGCCGGAAUGAUUUCAAGGAAUUUGUUGAAUACGUCAACGCCGACCCAGAGAUGCAGACGGAGGAAUUAAGGGAGCUUGUCGAGACAAUAAAGAGCUACAGCGUUGAUCAGCUUGAGGCUGAGAUUGACUCUGAAAAAGCCGCUCUCGAACUAGCCGGUGAAGGCAACACCAACGUGAUUAAAGAGUUUGAAGAGCGCCAGCAGCGCAUCGACAAACUCAAGGACCAUCUUUCUGAGUUCCAAACAAACCUCAACGAACUAGACGAAGCAAUUGCCGAAAUUCGAGGCAAAUGGGAGCCGAAGCUUGAAGCCCUCGUCAAGCAAAUCAGUGACGCCUUUAGCGAGUCCUUCGCCCGCAUCGGGUGCGCGGGGCAAGUGAGCAUCGACAAGGCUGAAGAUGUCAUGCCCGAACAUGGCAGCUCUGUUCUUAACUCUACUCAGGCUGGUAACGGUAACGGGAACGGGAACGGCAGCACCAACCGCACGAGCGAUUUCGACCAGUGGUCCAUCCGCAUCCAGGUGAAGUUCCGCGAAAACGAGAACCUCUCCGUUCUAGACUCGCAUAGGCAGUCUGGUGGGGAGCGGGCAGUGAGCACGAUCUUCUACCUCAUGGCUCUACAGUCGCUAUCAGCCUCGCCGUUCCGUGUCGUGGAUGAAAUUAACCAGGGCAUGGACCCGCGAAACGAGCGGAUGGUGCAUGAGCGGAUGGUGGAUAUUGCGUGUGCUUCGGGCAAGAAUGGUGAGGGUGGAGGUCAAUAUUUCCUCAUCACGCCCAAGUUGCUGAGUGGGUUGAAGUAUAAGAGGGGGAUGAAGGUGUUGUGUAUUGUUAGUGGGGAGUAUGUGCCGGAAGAUUAUCGGCAGAUGGAUUUUGGGAAAUGUGUUUUGAGGAUGAAGGAUGUGUUGAGGACGCGAGGGAAGGGGAAGGGGAGGGAGAUGGAUAGGAGUAGGAGGGACGGGGUUGACGUUGGGGCAUGACAGGUUAAAUGUUAUGGGGUUUGGUUCUGUGGAUGGGUGUAUCCAUUGAUGUGGAUUGGGCAGCUUUGAGUGGCUAUUUUACUGCUGAUAUCCAUUCAAUGAUUUGAUUGAAAUGUACACUACAUAUUUAAUAAGACGUUCAAUUACACCUAACAGGUUCCAUAUGUAAUACAUAGCCGAAAUAUGUCCCGCAAACAAAAUAAUCCCAUACUCUCCGUGGUAUGUUUAAUUGUAACUAUAUUACCAUCUAACUUCAUCAAUGCACAUGGCCAUCUCCCCCCUUCAACCUC